AUGGGUCUCCUCCUCGGUGUUCACCACAUUGGCACGCUGCUGCUCCUCGUCACGGCCAUUCUGCUCUUGGUGGCCUCGAUUUCCUCGCCCGUCGUCAACAACCUGGCCCUUCUCAAGGUCACCUUUCGCAACGGCCUUGACACGGAGCGCAUGACCUUUGGUUCCUUUGGCUACUGCCAGAUGUACGAUGGCCAGUCCGACUACUGCCAGCGCCACAUUGGCUACAACCCCCUGCGCCUCAUCACCGGCGUCGACUCCGAGGUCGACAAUGGCUCCGUCGGCCGCAACACGGCCUCGGGCCUGACCCGCGUCAUGGUGCUGCACCCCGUCGGCGCCGUCCUCUCCUUCCUCGCCUUUCUCCUCGCCGUCCUCGGCACCCACGUCAUCUCCUCCCUCGUCGCCUCGCUGCUGUCGGGCCUCACCUUCAUCGUCGUCGUCGUCGCCCUCGCCUGCGACUGGACCGCCCUCAGCAUCGUCCACCACCGCGUCAACGAGGUCCGCAACAACCACGCCACCUACGGCUCCGCCCUCUGGUGCGUCGUCGCCGCCCUCGUCACCUCCUUCUUCGCCACCAUCAUCGUCCUGCUCAGCUGCUGCGCCAGCAAGCGCAGCAAGAACAAGCCCCGCGACGUCGUCAACAAGCAGGAGGCUGGCUUUGCCGACUCGACUGUCCCCAAGAAGAAGUUUUGGCAGCGCCGUUAA